AUGGAAAAGUGCAUGGCAGAUCUUAAUCUAAAAGAGGUUCUCGUCUUCUUGGAUGAUCUGAUUAUCUUCUCCAGAACAUGGGAAGAACAUGAAGAGCGCCUGCUGCGAGUACUCAACCGGCUGAAGGAGUACGGUCUCAAAUUGUCCCCGGAGAAGUGUAAAUUUUUCCAAACCUCUGUGCGCUAUCUUGGUCACAUAGUGUCCGAGGGGGGAGUCGAGACCGAUCCUGAGAAGAUCAGUGCCUUAAAGACCUGGCCAAUUCCGCGAACUCUGCGAGAACUGAGAUCAUUCUUAGGAUUUGCCGGAUACUACAGAAGGUUCAUCCGAGGAUACUCUGCCAUAGCAAAGCCGCUGAAUGACUUGACCAGAGGUUACAUAUCCAGUCGCAAGUCGGUCAAGAAAAGACCCAACAUAAAGACUCAGGAUUCCCAGCAACAGCCGUUCGGAGAGGGAUGGACGCCGAAGUGUCCAGUAGGACCAGCACUUACUCACCCCCUUCUCACCCCUCUCCACCUCCCCUCCCUCCCUUCUCACCCCUCUCCACCUCCCCUCCCUCCCUUCUCACCCCUCUCCUCCCUCCUUUCUCACCCCUCUCCACCUCCCCUCCCUCCCCUCCCUUCUCACCCCUCUCCUCCUCCCUUCUCCACCCCUCUCCACCUCCCCUCCCUCCCUCCCUUCUCACCCCUCUCCUCCCUCCUUUCUCACCCCUCUCCACCUCCCCUCCCUCCUUUCUCACCCCUCUCCACCUCCCCUCCCUCCUUUCUCACCCCUCUCCACCUCCCCUCCCUCCUUUCUCACACCCUCUCCACCCUCCAGUCCCUCCUUUCUCACCCCCCUCUCCACCUCCCCUCCCUCCUUUCUCACCCCUCUCCACCUCCCCUCCCUCCUUUCUCACCCCUCUCCCACCUCCAGUCCCUCCUUUCUCACCCCCCUCUCCACCUCCCCCUCCCCUCCUUUCUCCCCCCCUCUCCACCUCCCCUCCCUCCUUUCUCACCCCUCUCCACCUCCCCCUCCCUCCUUUCUCACCCCCCUCUCCACCUCCCCUCCCUCCUUUCUCACCCCUCUCCACCUCCCCUCCCUCCUUUCUCACCCCCCUCCACCUCCCCUCCCUCCUUUCUCACCCCCCUCUCCACCUCCCAGUCCCUCCUUUUCUCACACCCCCUCUCCACCUCCCCUCCCUCCCUUCUCACCCCUCUCCCCUCCCCUCCCUCCCCCUUCUCACCCCCUCACCACCUCCCCUCCCUCCCUUCUCACCCCUCUCCACCUCCCCUCCCUCCCUUCUCACCCCCUCUCCUCCCUCCUUUCUCACCCCCUCUCCACCUCCCCUCCCUCCCUCCCUUCUCCCCCUCUCCUCUCCUCCCUCCCUUCUCACCCCUCUCCACCUCCCCUCCCUCCUCCCUUCUCACCCCUCUCCUCCCCUCCUUUCUCACCCCUCUCCACCUCCCCUCCCUCCUUUCUCCCCCCUCUCCACCUCCCCUCCCUCCUUUCUCACCCCUCUCCACCUCCAGUCCCUCCUUUCUCACCCCCUCUCCACCCCCUCCCUCCUCCUUUCUCACCCCUCUCCACCUCCCCUCCCUCCACCCCUCAGUCCCUCUCCCCCUCUCCAACCUCCCAGUCCCUCCAUUUCUCACCCCCCUCUCCACCUCCCCUCCCUCCUUUCUCACCCCCCUCUCCACCUCCCCUCCCUCCUUUCUCACCCCUCUCCACCUCCCCUCCCCCUUUCUCACACCCCCCUCUCCACCCCCCCUCCCUCCUUUCUCACCCCCUCCACCACCUCCCCUCCCUCCUUUCUCACCCCCCUCUCCACCUCCCCUCCCUCCUUUCUCACCCCCCUCUCCACCUCCCAGUCCCUCCUUUCUCACCCCCUCUCCCCACCUCCCUCCCUCCUUUCUCACCCCUCUCCACCUCCCCUCCCUCCUUUCUCACCCCUCUCCACCUCCCUCCCUCCUUUCUCACCCCUCUCCACCUCCCCUUCCCCUCCCCUUCUCACCCCCUCCACCCCCCUCCCCCCUCCCUCCCUUCUCACCCCCUCUCCUCCCUCCUUUCUCACCCCUCUCCACCUCCCCUCCCUCCCUCCCUUCUCACCCCCCUCUCCUCCCUCCCUUCUCACCCCUCUCCACCUCCCCUCCCCCCCCUCCCUUCUCACCCUCUCGUCCUCCCUCCUUUCUCACCCCUCUCCACCUCCCCUCCCUCCUUUCUCACCCCUCUCCACCUCCCCCUCCCUCCUUUCACCCCUCUCCACCUCCCCUCCCUCCUUUCUCACCCCUCUCCACCUCCCCUCCCUCCUUUCUCACCCCUCUCCACCCUCCUCCCUCCUUUCUCACCCCCUCUCCACCUCCAGUCCCUCCUUUCUCACCCCCCUCUCCACCUCCCCUCCCUCCUUUCUCACCCCUCUCUACCUCCAGUCCCUCCUUUCUCACCCCCCUCUCCACCUCCCCUCCCUCCUUUCUCACCCCUCUCACCCCCUCCCCUCCCUCCUUUCUCACCCCCCUCUCCACCUCCCCUCCCUCCUUUCUCACCCCUCUCCACCUCCCCUCCCUCCUUUCUCACCCCCCUCUCCACCUCCCCUCCCUCCCUUUCUCACCCCCCUCUCCACCUCCCCUCCCUCCUUUCUCACCCCCCUCUCCACCUCCCCUCCCUCCUUUCUCACCCCUCUCCACCUCCCCUCCCUCCUUUCUCACCCCUCUCCACCUCCCCUCCCUCCUUUCUCACCCCUCUCCACCUCCAGUCCCUCCUUUCUCACCCCCCCUCUCCACCUCCCCUCCCUCUCUCCCUCCCUCCUCUUAUGAGAACAUAAUAGUUCAGCUGUGA